GGUGCAUCUCUGGUUUCUGGCAAAAAAAAAGAGGCAUCUCGUUUUUUUUGUGAAAAUUGUCGCAAGCAUUUGGAAAGUUGGCACGGUAAUUGGCUUUCCGGAAAGAAGACGUCACGAACCGGCAAGGAUACCCAGCCCAGCGAGUCCUGUCCAGGACCAGCGCAUAAGUCCAGAUCAAGCGGUGUGUGCCGCAAGCGCGUUUUUGUGCCGGUGGCCAAAGGAACGCUUCGCGUUUUAAGUUACAAACUCAAAUUGGACCAAAAGUUCGCCGUAAAUUCACGGAGAGAUGAGUCGCCGAAGAGCACAUGACACGGAGGACGAGGGAUAUGAUCACCGGCGCAACAAGCGCAGGCGUGUGUCGGAGAACCAGGAGAUCGAGGAUCGUCUGGAGUCGCUCAUCCUGCGUGUGGGCGAGCGUAGCACCUCGUCCGUGGAAUCCAAUCUGGAGGGACUCGUUUCGGUGUUGGAAGCCGAUCUAGGUACCUUUCGCCUCAAGAUCCUGCGCAUCCUAUCCGAUUGCGCGGUGCGAAUGCCCGAAAAGUGCACCGUUUACACCACCUUGGUGGGCCUGCUCAAUGCCAAGAACUAUAAAUUCGGCGGAGAGUUCGUCGACCACAUGGUGAAAACGUUCAAGGAGUCGCUGAAGCUCUGUCGCUGGGAUGCCGCCCGCUACUCGCUGCGCUUCCUCGCCGAUUUGGUCAACUGCCACGUCAUCUCAGCGACGAGCCUCCUCCAGCUGCUGGACACCAUGAUCGACGUCUCGAACGAGGACACAGUGCCGCAGGUGCGACGCGACUGGUUCGUCUUCGCCGUUCUGUCCACGCUGCCUUGGGUGGGCCGCGAUCUUUACGAGAAGAAGGAGUCCGCUUUGGAGUCGUUGCUGCUGCGCAUCGAGGUCUAUUUGAACAAGCGCUCCAAGAAGCACCACAACGCGCUGCGGGUGUGGUCCUCAGAUGCGCCGCAUCCGCAGGAGGAGUACUUGGACUGCCUGUGGGCGCAGAUACGCAAGCUGCGCCAGGAUAACUGGGCGGAGAAGCACAUACCGCGACCCUACCUCGUCUUCGAUUCGAUACUCUGCGAGGCGCUGCAGCACAAUCUGCCCACGAUUGUGCCGCCGCCGCACCACGACAACUUUGAGUAUCCCAUGCCGUGGGUCGUCUACCGCAUGUUCGACUACACCGACUGUCCCGACGGUCCCAAUCUGCCGGGCGCCCAUUCGAUCGAGCGGUUUCUGAUCGAGGAGCACCUGCAUCACAUCAUCGAGACGUACCAUCACGAGCGCAAGGACUGCGCCGCCCAGCUGCUCAGCUUUCCGUUCAAGCACAAGAUACCGCUGGAGUACUGCAUCGUCGAGGUGAUCUUCGCCGAGCUCUUCCACAUGCCCACGCCGCGCUACCUGGACAUCUGCUACGGCUCCAUUCUGAUCGAGCUGUGCAAACUGCAGCCGGCCACGCUGCCGCAGGUGCUGGCCCAGGCCACCGAGAUCCUGUUCAUGCGCAUCGACUCGAUGAACACGUCCUGCUUCGAUCGGUUCGUCAACUGGUUCUCCUACCAUCUGAGCAACUUCAAGUUCACGUGGUCGUGGGACGAAUGGGACAGCUGUCUGCUGCUCGACGGCGAGCAUCCGCGGCCCAAGUUCAUCCAGGAGGUUCUACAGAAGUGUCUGCGCCUUUCGUAUCACCAGCGCAUCACGGAAAUGAUGCCCACGACAUACGCGAAGCUGAUCCCCAUGACGCCCGUGCCCAACUACAAGUACGCCAACGAGGAGGCAGCAAGCUUGCCGGGCACAACGGUGGCCCACCAGCUGGUGGUGGCCAUCCGGCAGAAGUGCACGCCGGAGGAGGUGGUCAACAUCCUGAAGGACAUACCGAGCAGCGGCUACAGCGGCGAGGAGAUGUCCGACGGCAGCUUCAAUGCCUUGAAGAUCGAUGUGUUCGUGCAGACGCUGCUCAAUCUGGGAUCGAAGUCGUUCUCGCACAGCUUCGCGGCCAUCUCCAAGUUUCAUUCGGUGUUCCGUGCCCUCGCGGAAACGGAGGAGGCCCAGAUCUGCAUCCUGCACAACAUCUUCGAGCUGUGGUCCUCGCACCAGCAGAUGAUGGUCGUUCUGAUUGACAAGCUGCUCAAGCUGCAGAUCGUCGACUGUUCGGCGGUGGCCACGUGGAUAUUCUCCAAGGAGAUGACCGGCGAGUUCACCAAAAUGUAUCUCUGGGAGAUCCUCCAUCUGACCAUCAAGAAGAUGAACAAGCAUGUCAUCAAGCUGAAUUCCGAAUUGAGCGAGGCCAAGGACAAGCUGGCGAAGGCGGAUUCCUCGUCCAGUGAUUCGGAGGAUGAUUCCUCGCAUAAGAGAAAGAAGCCCAUCACACAUGCUGACAAGCCUUCCGAGGAAGUGGUUGAGCGCAUGGAGGAGAAAUUGGAGGCGGCGAAUGUGAACCAGAAGCGUCUGUUCCUCAUUGUCUUCCAGAGGUUCAUCAUGAUUCUCUCCGAGCAUCUGCUGCGCUCCGACACCGAUGGUCGUGAUCCGGACACGGACUGGUAUCGCUGGACCAUCGGCCGACUGCAGCAGGUCUUCCUCAUGCACCAUGAACAAGUUCAGAAGUACAGCAGCACACUGGAAACGCUGCUCUUCACCUCCGAUUUGGAUACACACAUACUGGAGGUUUUCCAGCAGUUCGUAGCCCUGCGUGCCUAAAAAGAGUCCGGCAAAGCUUAACCCCAAACCAACAAUAUCAACAAUCAACCACCAGCCAUCGAUUUCCACUCGCUGUGGAGUUGGGUUCUUCAAACCCUUUCACAUUCUUAAGUUACAAUGAACUCGGGUUCUGUAAAACCUUUUAUUUUGGUCAGUAAGCUGGCUCUAUCCCCCAAACAAUAUUUGAGUAAGCGUAAUUUUUAUUUUUUUGUAAACGACGCGAAGAGUUAACAGCAAGUAAGAGGAAAGUUAGUAAAGCAAAUAAAGUCGAAUAGGGAGCUCCUUUACGAUGAUGAAGAUCCAAAUGGACAUCAAUUAAAAGCAA